UGGUGCCACUGUCACAACAGAUGGAGGAACCUUCCGAUUUGUUGUGAUAUGUGGUUUAUCAGUAUGUAACGAGUAAAAUGGAAAAAGUUCUUUAUACUUUCCAUUCUUUCCAAGUGUUAUAUCGAAUUUAAAGGGAUGGACAACGCGGACGACACUUUCCACUACGUGUACAGCUCUUCUUUAACCACACACGUCCAAAUCAAAAUAGGUACGUUGGAGGGCUUCAAGUUGAAGCCGGAAUACGACAAGAUACUCGAAGAGCCUAUGCUCAAAUUUUCCGGCCUGUACCAGAGCAAAUGUGCGGACUUGAUGGUGGUUUGCCAGGUGAUGGCAGACGGGAGAGAGCUUUCGCUUCCCGUUUGGACUUCGUACAAGCCUUUUACGAAUCGAUGGAAUUGGAGCGAAUGGAUCACCCUCCCGGUCAUGUAUUCCGACUUGCCUCACAACGCCAAACUCGGCCUGACGGUGUACGACUGCGUCGGGCCUUCGGAAGUCCGUCCCGUUGGAGGGACGACGCUCUCCCUGUUCGGGAAACACCGCGUCUUCCGUCAAGGGAUGCUGGAUCUCAAAGUUUGGCCUCACAAAGUCGCGGACGGGUCUGAAGCGAACUCCACACCGGGGAAGACGCCAGGGUCCGGCAAGGAGCGGAUGCAGAAGCUGGCCAAAUUGGCCAAAAAACACAGGAACGGAUACAUGCCGGAGAUUGACUGGCUCGACAGACUCACAUUCCGUGAAAUCGAGCUCAUCAACGAGGCCGAAAAACGUUCGUCCGAUUAUCUCUACCUCAUGGUGGAAUUUCCUCAGGUGACUAUGAACGGCGUCCCUCAUUCCAUAGUGUGGUACGAACAGGAUGGAGACGAGGUUUACCAAUUUCGAUCUCAGGCCGAUAUGGUGACCGUCCCUGAUCCGGAGAUACUCCAGGAAAAUCUGGUUGAAAGCAAACAUCAUAAACUGGCGAGAAGCCUACGUUCCGGUUUAUCUAAUAAAGACAUCAAGCCCAACGCCGCUGUGCGGGACAUGCUUAACACUAUCGUCGCUUACCCGCCAACACAGCAGCUCACGACAGAAGAACAGGAUCUUGUGUGGAAAUUUAGAUUUUAUCUGAGCAGCCAGAAAAAAGCCCUGACAAAAUUUUUAAAAUGCGUGAAAUGGACAUUGAGCGGAGAGGUGCGCCAGGCUCUUCACAUGCUGCGAAAUUGGUCGCCGAUGGAAGUAGAAGAUGCUCUUCAACUGCUGAGUCCAGCAUUCGUUCAUCCCUCAGUCAGGAGAUACGCCGUAACCAGACUGCAACAAGCUUUAGACGAAGAUCUCCUGCUUUACCUCCUUCAGUUGGUACAAGCACUUAAAUAUGAAAGUUUUGAAGAAAUUUCAGAAGCUUAUAAAAGAUCCAUGACUAAGAUAACCGAUGAAAGUCUGACGUCAUCCGAUCGUAAAACUGAGAGUUCAGAAGAAGAAAUCGAACCUGCAAAAAACAUGGAUUUGGCUUCAUUUCUAAUUCAUCGAGCUUGUAAUAACAGCACCUUGGCCAAUUAUUUCUACUGGUAUCUAUUGACCGAGUGCGAAGACCACAGCCAUGGUAAACAAGACAACAAAUUAAGAAGUAUGUAUCUCUAUGUUAUGAAGAUGUUCCUGCAAGCCUUGAAAUCGGGUCCCACUGAGUGGCAAAACAGAAGUUACUUUUUAAAGAGGCAAGAGAAUUUUAUAGAAAAACUCGUUAAAUUGAUGAAAACUGUGGCAAAGGAAUCUGGAAGCCGGAAAAAGAAAACAGAAAGACUUCAGGCCCUAUUAGCAGACCCAGAAGCUUUCAAAAUUAAUUUUGCUUGUUUUGAUCCUCUUCCAUUACCAUUAGAUCCUUCUGUUCAAGUUAAGGGCAUCAUACCAGAUAAAGCGAGCCUAUUCAAAUCCGCCUUAAUGCCAGCAAGAUUGACAUUUUUAACUACCGACGGGCAUGAAUACGUUACAAUAUUCAAGAACGGUGAUGACUUGAGACAAGAUCAAUUAAUACUGCAGAUUAUCAUUCUUAUGGAUAAGCUAUUGAGAAGUGAAAAUCUUGACCUCAAAUUGACCCCUUACAGAGUGCUCGCUACUAGCACAAAACAUGGCUUUGUCCAAUAUAUCGAUUCAAUACCUGUAGCUGAAGUCUUAGCUACAGAAGGUACAAUACAGAAUUUUUUCAGAAAAUACCACCCUUGUGAGACCAGUCCUUAUGGAAUUUUGCCUGACAUAAUGGACACAUAUGUAAAAAGUUGUGCAGGCUACUGUGUAAUCACAUACCUGUUAGGUGUCGGUGACAGGCAUUUAGACAACUUAAUGUUGACUACAAAUGGUAAACUUUUCCAUAUUGAUUUUGGCUACAUACUGGGAAGAGAUCCGAAGCCGUUACCACCUCCUAUGAAACUUAGCAAAGAAAUGGUAGAAGCGAUGGGCGGAAUCAACUCCGAGCACUUUCACGAAUUCAAGAAACAAUGUUACACAGCAUUUUUACACUUGAGGCGUCAUGCAAACCUGAUUUUAAACCUUUUCUCUUUGAUGGUUGACGCGUCCGUUCCUGAUAUUGCUCUCGAGCCAGAUAAAGCCGUCAAGAAAGUUCAAGACAAGCUAAGACUCGACUUGGGGGAUGAGGAAGCAGUUCACUACUUACAGAAUUUACUCGAAAUAUCUGUAUCAGCAGUGAUGCCAGCGCUUGUAGAACAACUACACAAAUUUGCUCAAUACUGGAGAAAAUAAUCGCUUUUAAUGAUUUAAUAAUAAUAAAUUAUAUUCGUAUAUUUUUGUAAUGCUAUGUAUAUCUUGCCUACCAUAAUCUGCACAUAUUGUCAAUAUACAUUUUCAACUUAA